GCGACGUCACAACCCCUAAAAACACUCUCUCUUUACAAAUGGAUGGCKARAGUUUGUGGAGAGUUUGUUGCAAAAAAUGUCGAAYUUUGGACGUCCAGCUCUGAUAUUCCUCGCAUUCUGUGCUGUUUUACAAGACACCCCAAGUGAUUCUACCCCCUCAUAACGACCAGUCAUGUCUGUUGAAAUAAUGUAAAGCAGGUCAAACUAAUCAAAAGCAAGAUGUCAAUACCAGCCACUGAGCCAAUUUUAUUGGAAUCUGCCAAUCAAUGCAUGAUACUAGACAACUCUGAAUGUUCUAGUUUGAUGUCUACCAUUCUUAGCUCUGACCACGUGACCAACGAAGAGCUGAAUUUGUACAGACAGUGGGCCUUUAUUUGUGAAAGCGUAGUUAGACAUGUCCAUAACAUGGAUACCUUUGUGACCGGAAGUACCAUUGACUGUUCCUCUUCACAAGGAAGUGAUGAAGAUCAAAUGAUACAAAUGAAAGACACAGAAGCAGUGCUCACAGAAGACUGCGAUGACAGCAUGGUAGGAAAUGUGCUUAUCAUGAAAACUACUGAUUCUCCACCUGGAUUCACUUUACUGAGUCCAUACACGCUUUCGCAAGAUCUGAAUAGGCACGAAACUCUAUCCUGCUUGGAAUCCUGCAUCAAUUUGAAAGAUGUCAUUUAUUUGUCAAGUGAGGUUUACCUCAAUUAUGUCAUAAAUCUGAUAACUGGAAUGGAUCAGUAUUCCCCACCUUCCUUCCAUGCUGGAGAGUCCCUGCGUCAUGGUCCAUGUGUUAUGCUGAAUUACUCCAACUUUGAUAAAGACUCUGAUAUGGGUAUUGGCUUAAGAUGUUCCUCGUGGCCCAAGGAAUCACUGGAAUGGAUAUCCAGAAAACGGGACUCCAACUGGCCAGACGAACUACUGGUCAACAAAAUCAAAACAAUGCCCUGUCAUGUUUUACCGGUUGGUUACCCCCCGUCUGACAAGUGCCAUUUAGAAUGGCGGUUUGCCUUCAUCUUGCCAGAACGAGAGCUCAUCUGGAACUUCAGUGAUGUGCAGAUUCAUUGUUAUGUGAUCUUAAAAACAUUGAAAAAAGAGAUCCUAGAUCAAAUUGCUCCCGAUGAAAUUAAUUCUUUUCAUUUGAAAACGAUUGUUUUCUGGCUGUCUGAAGAAAUCAUCGAUUGGGAUCCCUCGAACUUAAGCAACUGUGUGAAGAGAUGCUUAUCUUUCUUAAACAAAUGCAUUCAACAGAGACAAUUGUCACACUACUUUAUGAGAUCACGAAAUCUCUUCGCAUUGAAAUUAGAAGAUGAAAAGGUGAGGCUUCAACUUGCCUCUGAAAUUGAACGCAUACAGGAAAAUGUCCUUGAAAGCUUUUUGAAUUGUGAAUGGCACUUCAAAAAUGGAGGUCAUCUAUUAUCAUUGCGCCUCCUAACACGGGAAUCACAGAUGGGUUUCCUGGAAGCUGGCAGAAGUAUUUUAAAAACUGGAAGAAUAAUGUUCCGACGGAACAAGUAUACCCACGCCCGAUGCCUUAGUAUGGAGGUGGCAGUGGCAAUCAUGUUUCUGCAGGCGAGUGUGGAAAGUUUAAUUCAGAUUGCAGAAGAAGUCGAUGAAGAACUAAGAGAGACAUUAAUGGGAAUCUAUGCAUUGAAGUUUAUUUCCAUUCGCAUAGGAAUGCUCUGUCUUGUGGAAGCUAAACACACAGCAGACAAAGAAAAAAGACAAAAACACAUUUCUAACGCAAAAUGGUAUUUAGAGACGGGAUUGGAACAUGACGUUUUGGCUGCAACUAUGUAUUUACUUACCUACCAUUAUCAAGCAAGAAAUUACGAUGUUAUGCAAACAUUUCUCAACGAAUUUUUCAGCAGACGACUAGCAGUUCCAUACAAAGGGACUCCUGGAUUAUUUACCUGUGGGAAGCGUUCAUUUCUGUCACCUGAUAUGGACGAAUCUGUAACGGAGAAAGACAUGGCAAACGAAAAUGACAUUGCAUUCGAUGUUAUUUUCAGUUGUUCUGAUAUUUCGUGUGUACCUCCUGCUUUACAGUACGAAUGUGCUCUUUUGGAUGGGAGAUCCAAUUGGUACUUUUGUUCCGUUAAUCCACUUGUAUAUGCUUGUUACGUCAAAUUCCAGGUUGCAGUCUGUUUGAGAGACACGAAACAGCUACCACCAGCUGUUGAACAUUUAAAGUUGAUAGUACAGUACGUUGAAAAAGGAGAAGGGUGUUCGAAUGGGAAAGCAAUAGAACUUCAUAGACAUUACAAUAUUUUGGGAUAUUGUUACUACGUCAUAAAUGACGUCAGAAAUGCCAUAGAAUGGUUUGUUAAGUCUCUGGAGGCCUGCCCUACCAGUGGAAAUGCAGCAGCUUAUCACUUAUGUAUUAUUAUAAGUAAUAGCAUGACGUUAGGGUGAUUAGUGAGUAAAUGUCCCCAAAAGCUAAGGGAGGUGUUGUUGAAGUCCCGACUCUUGAGGGAACAUUUAAUGAUUCACUCUAAUCACACGAAAGGCCAUGCUAUUAGUUUGUAAUUUUUUUGAGUACCAAGGAAGGGUAAAUAUAGUUGACUUGGGUUAAACUAGAGCAGAGUGAAUUGUUACGUGUAUACAAUGAGCGAUUUCAACUCGGAAAUGCUGAUAUCUUAUUACGUCACAAAAUCGUAAGAAAGAAUGACGAUGGGAUGAACGCAUGCGUGACGACUACAAUACUCAAUGGGUCCCACAUGUGCUAGGGUUUUUAAGAAAUUCUAUUAGAGAGUCAUUGCACACUGUAUUAGAUUUAUACUGGGUCAGUGUGACCAAGACAKGAUCCUGUUGAUUGUUAUGUAUUAUAUUAGAGAGUCAUUGCGCACAGUAUAAGAUUUAUA